AAUAUACAAACACAAACAUUAAAUUAACUUCAUGCACAAUAAACGAAUAAACGAAAUAUCUAAAUGAUAAUAAUUUGUUCAACCAUUUAUUAAUAGACAAAUAACAACUAAACAGGUGUGAGAUACAGAUGUAUGAUAAUAGAAUAAAAAUGUUUUAAAAUGAAAUAUGUGCUAGCCGAAUGAAUCAUUUAAAAUAAAUUUAUCAGAUGAAAAUGAAUUCAGAAACAUUUAUUACAAAGUUUGAGAUAAAUAAUAUUUUUUUGUAUGCAAAAGUAUGUUGGGCGCAAAGUGAAAGUAGUUUGUUUUGUAUCCAGAUAUUUAGCGAUGAUCACAGUUGGUCAGGCAGUUUCUCUUUGGAACUAGCCAAGUCAUUUGAAGAGCGUCUCCAUGAAGAUGCAGUUGAAUAUGCAAAAAAUGUGAGGGAUGCCUUAAAAAAAACCAAUGAUAUGUAUAAGUAUGAAUUCACUCAUUCCGAAUCUAAUACUUUUGAGGCAAAAUUUUGUUGGAAAAAAAUAUUUAUUGACUCUACUGCAGUUUUGGUUCAUGGUUUUGUGACUCUCCAACGAGAUGAAUCUAUAGAAACCAAAGACAGUGUCAUAGAUUAUUUAUUAAAUGAAAAUAAAUUGCUGCAAUCAGCAAUAGAAGGUUUAAAGAAAAAUAAUGAGCUACUGAAUAAUGAAAUAGACAAAUGCAAGAGUGAACUUGAAAAGCUUAUUGACAUUAAAGAAUCCUUAGAAUCUAAUCUAUAUGGGAAAUUUAUUCAACUUUUAAAUUCUAAGAAACGACGAAUUAAGUUACUUGAGAACCAUAUUGCUAAAAUUGAAGGUUCGAAUGUUUGACUGAUUGAGAUAUUAUUUGUGAUAAUAAUUAUCAAUGAUUGAAAUAUAUUAAUAAUCUGUUGUACAAAACAAGUAGCUACUAAAAAUAAUAAUGAAAUAAGUAUUGUAACUUGUGAAUAUUGACACUAAGGUAUUAUAAUGAAAUAUAAAUUUUAUUGAUAUUAUCACUAUCUAAAUAGUUUUUUUUUUAACUAAAUUGUUAAUACAUGUCUAGCCAGAUAUAUAUAAAAAAAUUA